AUUUAAGCAAUCGCUCGCGGGCAGCAUGAGAGUCAUCCAGUCAAAUGAAUCUUUUAAACUUGUCGAAGGGAAACUCCAAUUCCAGUACGUCAAAGGCAUUAUACGCCACCAAAACGUCUUGUAUGCCGCGAAAUGGAACAGUCGAAGGGAACUGCCAGCCGAUUUUUCCGGGCUUCAUGAUGUGAAGCAAGUAGACACAGAAGACAGGGGUCCAGAAAUGCAACCCGACUGGACGAUAGCGGAAGAGCAAGAUUGCUAUGUCAAGACGCCCAACCUCCUUGCAUACGCUGAAGCGCCCAACCUCGAGAAUCUCAUCCUCCAGGAAAUUGAGACGUGCGAGAUUUUAAGAAAGCACCCACAUCCAAAUAUUGCUCUAUACUACGGUUGUCGAGAAACCAGGGGACGGGCAUCUGGGCUUUGCUUCAAGCGAUAUACAACAACUCUUGCCAGUAAAGUCAACCCUCAACAUUUAAACAAGUCGGCCUUUCUUUCAAGUGGACGGCCUUACGUGGACGAUAAAAUUAAGCAAGCUCUUGGGGGAAUAAAAGAAGCCAUCGAUCACAUACAUUCCCUUGGUAUUGUCCACAACGACAUAACGCCCGCAAAUAUUAUGCUUGGCGAGGAUGGAACAAUGGUCCUCAUCGACUUUGACAGCUGUCGCCGCAUUGGGGAGGAGUUGCGUGGCAAAGAUGGAGCCGGGACGAAGAGGACAUACCCGUGGCAUAAUCCAAAGGUCACCAUUUCAUCGGAGAGCAAUGAUCUUGAUGCUUUUAUGGAGUUAGAGACUUGGUUAUUUGGUACCUCGGCUGAUGACUUUCUAUUCAAGUCUUAGAGGUGGUGUAACCUGUUGAGAACGAGGAGAUACAGGGCUUGUCACAAUUGGAACAAUGAUGUAUGUAAUAACUUUUUUCGUUAUUCGUCAAAAGGGAAUAUUCUAUGAAUUCCAC